CACCUCUGCCUGAUGAUCUUCCUGAGGAUGAGGAAGCUAUGAGGAUUGUCUGCCUUGUAAAGAACAAGCAACCUCUGGUGAGGAAAAUCUUUUACAUGCUUCAUAAGCAUGACAUAUGUUUUGUGAUUAUAUAACAGUCUUACUUUAAUAACACUUUACUACCUGUUUAUUUAUAUUGUGUAAUCUUUGAUAUUGGUGUGUUUUUUGUGCUGUCUGUCGUGAGUGGUAAGUUUUGGACUGUUUCGCAGUGAUGCUAUGUUUUGUUAGAUUUGAGGAUUCUUUAAAGCUGCUGUCAAGGAUGUGCAUUUUUUUUCUUCAAUCUUAUCAGUGCUUCAACAUUGAUGAAAUGUCAGGAUUCCAACAUGAUGGUUAUUAAUUCUUGAUUUGUAGGACUUGCUGAUACAUAAUGAAGUAUAUAAACAGAGCCUCUUUUGUUAGUAUUAUGUUUCUUUUUGCAAUUCAUCAUUCUCACUUUUCAGAUUUUUACAGUAAUUUGAUCCUGAUCUGACAACUCAGGCCAGCAAGAUUGUAUUGUGUAUAUAUAUAAAAAAAACUACAUAAAGUACAACAUAAUAUACUUUUAUUUAGUAUUUGAUGUGCUGGUCUUUCACUGAUAAGAGUGUUGGAGGCAGGAUGUGCACUCACUCAGAAUGCCUGAGGCGGCUUGCCUUGGUGAGCCUUAUAAACCCAGGUUAGGAUCUCUCCCUGCAGGCCACAGGGGGUCUGUCAGCUUCCUCUGGCCUGCUGCACACCCCACAUACAGUCCAGCCCCACUCGCUUCUCAGCUACCAGUCUACUAGCAACUGCAGCCCAUGUCUCCUUAACAGCCAGGUGCCAGGAGGAGGGCCAAACCAGUCUGCCCCAGCCAUCUGCAGCUCAGUGCUUGUGGAGAAAGGCAUCAAUGAAAAUCACUUGCCAAAGUGGACAUGCACUCAAAGACUGCACAGCACCUCUACCCACUCUUCUCAGUCCCCUUGUAUGGGCUUCUCUUCUGGGAUCUGCUCCUAUCCCCACACUGCUCCUUCCAGUCCUCUACUCCGGACCCACAGGACCUCGCAGACCCCCUGUUCCUCCCGCCACACCCUGGAACUGACCAAACAGUGCAGCCUGGACGAGCUCAAGUCUGCUAUGCACAGCAUGGCCAGCAGCAUGGAGUGCAGCAGUGGUGAUGUGCACCACCUGAGCCACAGGAUGGUGGCUGUGACGGAGAAGAUGAAAGACAGUGUGGAGGAGAACGCUCAGGCCCUGAGCCUGCUGGUGGAGGUGGUGGACAAGCUGCAGGGCCUGAUCAUAGCCAACAAGUCACCUGAACUAUCUUGUGUUUCUAGGCCUCCAGAUGUUCCGGAACCAUCCACUGCAACCAAAACACGUGCUGUGUUAUCGAGACCACGAAAUGAGGCUAAAGAACCCAGUGUUCCUUGCAGUGUUUUUGAAAGCCAUGCUGUGCUUUCUUUUGCUUCUUCAUCGUCAUCCUCCUCCACCUGCUCCAGCUCUGUAAGCUCCUACAUGGAGGAGUUCCUGACAUCACAGGAGCCUACCUGCACCCAGAGAGGAAACAGCAUAAAUGCAAUACCCUUCAGAAGUGAUAAAGGACAGUCUUUCCACUUUAAUGGUUCAGCAUUGUCAAGGCUAAAUGAUGGCUAUGGAACAAUAGGCUGCCUCUCCAGCGGGAAGAGAAAGUCAAAGAUGAAGAAAUAAUUGAGGCUAGUUUUAUGUCUCUUCUGGCUUUCUCUUUCAUGAGGUCGACUGACUCUAAAAGCUCUCCUGACAUUACUCACCAAUGCAGCUUGGGCUUAAGGUUUAACAGGCACUGACUUUUUAUUACUGCUUUCCAACAUUA